AUGGCCGAGACGGAAACCGAUAAAAACAAUAUUGUUAGACCUGAUAGAAAUAAUAGAAAUUUGACACAAAAUAAUGGCCCGCGCCGAGUUACUAUCUAUAAAACUGAAACCGGAUUUGGUUUCAACGUACGCGGCCAAGUAUCUGAGGGAGGGCAGUUACGGUCCAUCAACGGAGAGCUAUAUGCUCCUCUUCAGCACGUCAGCGCUGUUUUGGAGCAAGGAGCGGCUGAACAAGCUGGUAUAAGAAAAGGCGACAGGAUAUUAGAAGUCAAUGGUGUCAAUGUUGAAGGUGCAACACACAAGCAAGUGGUGGAUCUCAUCAAGUCAGGCGGGGACUGUCUCACGCUGACAGUGAUUUCUGUUACACCAAAGGAAGCUGAAAGACUUGAGCCAUGCGACGACGGCUCAGCGCCUGUGGGAGUGAUAGGCGGCGCUGCGAACUCACGCGCCACCGUCUACCAGCGCUACGACUACACGGACAAGCGUUCGCUGCCCGUCUCCAUACCAGACUAUCGGGUGGUAAUGGAGAGGAACACGGGCAGGUCGUACGUGGCUUUCAACGUACACAUGGCCGGAAGGCAUCUCUGCAGCCGCCGGUAUAGAGAAUUUGCGGCUCUGCAUCAGAUUUUGAGAAAGGAGUUCGUUGGCUUUAAUUUCCCUAAACUUCCGGGCAAAUGGCCGUUCACAUUGAGUGAGCAACAACUAGAUGGUCGCAGAAGGGGACUUGAACAAUAUUUAGAAAAGGUGUGUGCAGUCCGAGUGAUCGCUGAGUCUGACGCAGUUCAAGAAUUCCUCACGGAUUCAGAUGAUAGCUCGAACCCAUCCCCCGUGGACCUAAAGGUGCUGCUCCCCGACAGGGAGGUGGUGACUGUAGCCGUUCUUAAAUCUACAAACGCCGACGAUGUGUACCGCGCUGUGUGUGAUAAGAUAGGUCUUUCCAAACAAGUUCACAAGUACUUCUAUCUUUUUGAGAUAGUCGAAUAUAACUUCGAGCGCAAGUUGCAACCAAACGAAUGCCCCCACUCGCUGUACAUCCAGAACUACUCCACGGCGUCCUCCUCUUGCCUAUCUCUGCGCAAAUGGCUGUUCAACCCCCAUACAGAGCUAUCUGUCAUCGCUGAAGACACUAAAGCGGCGGAAUUUAUAUUCUGGCAGGCGGUAGAAGAUGUGAACCGAGGCGUAUGCGUCGCCGGCGCGAGGCUCUACCAACUGAAGGCUUUGCAGGACAUCCGACGAGCGCCAGAUUACCUCUCUUUAGCGCGCACGCUCCCCGGAUACGGAAACGUUGCUUUUCCGCCAGCGCAUACGGACGUUGAUACGCACGUAGCCCUAACACUAGGUUGGUCGGGACUAAAGCUAUCCGCGUGGUACGAGGGCGGGUCGGGUAUGGGUUCUGAGGGUGCUUCCAGCGUGGAGGUACGCUGGAAUGAGGUGCACUCUUGGCGGGCUGACGAUGAAGCGGCGGCAGCCACCGUUGUUUACGGCCGGAGGAGGCCGCUUGUUCUGCAUACGCCAUAUUAUCAGUUCUUGUGUAACUGCAUGGAUAGAAUAGCGGAGGAAGCGAAAUGGGUGGACACUGGCGAGUAA